AUGUCUUCUCUAAAUAAGCUCGCCAUUCGAGGCAUUCGUUCUUUUGACGACAAACAGAUAUCUGUCAUCGAGUUCUUCUCUCCAGUGACUGUCAUAGUUGGCCACAACGGUAGUGGGAAGACAACCAUCAUUGAAUGCCUCAAGUAUGCGACAACCGGAGAGCAGCCCCCCAACACCCGCGGUGGUGCGUUCGUCCAUGACCCAAAGAUGGCGAACGAGAAGGAGGUCAAGGCGCAAGUAAAGCUGAGGUUCCAUUCGGCUAAUGGCACGCGCAUGUUGGCAGUCCGUAACCUGAGCGUUACAGUCAAGAAGACCGCCGGUUUGACCAUGAAGACCCUGGAGAGUAUCCUUGGAUUGGACGACCCAGGGAAGACUAACAAGAGAGCAGUUAUCUCUACGAAGUGCGCCGAAAUGGAUGUCGAGAUCCCUCAGCUUCUUGGUGUUUCCAAGGCUGUCUUGGAGAAUGUGAUCUUUUGUCACCAAGAGGACUCGUACUGGCCACUUGCCGAGCCAUCAAUCCUGAAGAAGAAGUUUGACGAGAUUUUCGAAGCCACCAAAUAUACCAAGGCCCUUGAUAACAUUAAAGCACUUCGAAAGGACCGCGUUGCAGACCUUAAAGCCGAGCAAGAGAGGCUGUCCUCUUUGAAGUUGCAGAAAGACCGAGCUGACAAGCUCCGUUUACGAAUGAAAGACCUUAAUGCCACUAUUGUAGCAAAAGAAGCGGAAUAUGAAAAUGCCAAAGCGCAAUACGAGGAAGUCCAGAACAGUAAUCGAAUAUUUUAUGACUACAACUCCAAAUUCCGAGAAAUCUAUCUGAAGGUCGAAAGCCUCGAAGAGAAAAAGAAGAGUAAACGAAUGGAUCUCGAGGAGGCUCGGGAUGGUAACUUCCAGGAAAUUUCUGGCACUGACGAUGAUCUCCAAAACCGGCUGAAUCGGUUCGACGCGCAUGUCGACAGCCAGCGGGAGCGAUUGGCGAAGGAGGAGCGCAGGAGGCAAGACAUCGAGGAUGAGCUAACUGACCUUCGCAACCGAGAGGUACAGCUGUCGGAAAUGAAAGCCCAGUAUGAAGUGGAAGCAAAGAAUCAAAGAGCCCGCGUUAUUGAACGUGAGGAGUUGGUCCGGGAGAUCGCCAAGCAAUUCAACAUCACCGGUAUCUCGUCGCAAAGUUUGGAUAAAUCCCAAGUCAGCCAGUUCCUUUCCCGUCUCACCGAUCUAAGGAGGGAUCGAACUUCAGAGAUCGAGCAACUCCAGUUGGAUGCCUCGGCCAAAAACGACGAAUUUAAUGCUCAGCGCCUCGAGCUUGACCGGCAAGUUCAAACCCACAAGAUCCGAAAGACGACACUGAAGGAUCAGUUGAGUGAGCGUAAUGCCUCGAUCAAGCAAGCCCAGCGUCAGCUCGAUGAACAGGCGACUCAUCAGGCCAGUCUGAACUCGCUUCAAGAAGAGAUGCAAGAGAAGGAAGAGCGUAUCAAGAAGCUCCGGAAAGAGAUGGCUAACUCUGAGCAUGACAAGAAGCUGCAAGAAAAGAUCGACCUGGCGCGACAGCUUGAGGAGAAACGCGAAAGCCUAAUGGAGGAGACUCGCGCUUUGAGCACUCAAGCUGAUUCAAGAGCGAAGCUCGACCUGAAACGUACUGAAAUUCGGACGAAGACGGUCGAGAUCCAGACAAUCAUGAAGACAGUCAAUCAGAAGUACCGAGAACAUGCCAAACGGGAUUUAGAUGCCGACACCGCUGAAAUUGAAGUAGACCGAGUGAUUCGUCAGAAAGAAGAUGACGUGGAUCGACUGGAAGCCGGACUCGGUUCUGCAAGAGCAAGCCUCCACUCAGUGGAGACAGAAAUGGCCAAUAUCAAGGCCCAGAUCAGCGCCAAAGAAAGCGAAUGUGAAAAGCACACUAAGAAGAUAACCUCGAGUUUGAGGGCCUUCGACUUGUCACCAGACAAAGCCGUCAACGACGCGAUAGAAGUUGCGCAAACCGAGAUCAACCACAUCCGAAGUGACCUAGAGAAACAGUUUGGGCCAAUCGCCGUCUACCAAAGGAUUCUCGAGGAAGGUGUGAACAACCAUAUUUGCCUGGGUUGCAAUCGAGGCUUGAGAUCGUCGGAACUAAAGGACUUCAAGAACCACUUGGAAGGAAUGAUCAAAGACGCGGAAAAAACCGAGAAACGAGAUUUGAAUAAUGAUCUAGAAGAAUGGAACCGCACUCUUGUUAGCCUGACAAACCUCAAGGGGAUUGAACAUUCGAGGCACAAUAUCACUACCAAAGAAAUUCCUGCCCUCAAAGCGACACUCGAAGAGAAAAGGGAGGAACACCAGGUCCUGGAGGAGAAGGCGGAAACGCUUGGAGAGGAACUCGAGGAGGCCAAGGAUACGUUGAAGGCACUGUCAACCCUGAAACAGAACGUCAGCACUGUUUCCCGUUUGAAGAAAGAAAUUGAACGGGCAGAGAAAGAGGUCAGCGAUCUCGAGACAGAUCUGUCGCUAUCUGGUAGCACGAAGACGGUGGACGACGUUCAGGCAGAGUUGAAUGAAAUCACCAGUCGACUACGAGCGAUUGAGAAGGAGAGACAGGCUAUCUCCACUGAGCGGGAAAGGCAAACCACGGCCCUCCAUAGUUUCGAAACCAGACUCAACGAUCUCAAAGUGGAAGAGCAGAAGUUGCUUAACCAGCUCAAUGAAGUCGACAAACUGUCGGAACGCGUUCAACAGAUGAAGAACGACAUUGUGACAUUCACUGCGCAGCUCAAGGACCUCGAUACAAAAAUAGCAGAGGCUCAGGCUCCGAUACAAGGAUUGGAGGAAGAGCAGCGACAGGUGAAACAAGAUUUCGAUGCGAAGAUGUCGCAGGCGCAGUCGUUACUUGGACAACUGAAUGCCCGGACGGAUAAAUUGGCGGCAGUACACAAAGAUGUUGAACGGUACGCAAGGGACAAGCGGGACCGGUUGCUCGAGGAAUGCAUCGAAAACAUCAAGCAGUGCAAGGAACAUCAGGGUGAAGCGACCAGCAGGCUACAAGGCUGCCGUGAAGCCAUCAAGGUCAUUGAGAAGGAAAUAAAUGAGGCCGGUGCCUCGCAGACCAACCUUCGGGAGAAUAUUCGGGUUCGCAAGUUGCAAAAAGAGAUCCUUGAAAUCCAGGCAGAGAUCGAAAGCUAUGACGUUGAAGAGGCAGCAAAAGCGCGGAGAAAUUUCCAGGACCAGUGGGAGAAGCGAAAGGAGAAAGAAGAACGGUUGAACAAGUCGACCCACCAUCUUGCGGGAGAGCUCAGCAGUCUCAAGAGUCAACAUGCGACGCUAGAGAGCGACAUCAAAGAGUUCAAAGAUGUCAAUAAGAUGUAUACCGAACAGCUCGUCAAGGUUAAAAUUUCGGACAUGGCCAAUAGCGAUUUGGAGAAAUACGCCAAGGCCUUGGAUAACGCCAUCAUGAAAUACCAUGGGUUAAAGAUGGAGGAAGUCAAUGAUACGAUGAAGCACCUAUGGAACAAGACGUAUCAAGGGACAGAUAUCGACGGUAUUAAGAUUAAAUCUGACGUCGAGGGCGGUGCCUCGAAACGUUCAUACAACUACAGAGUGGUGAUGACGAAGGACCAGGUUGAAAUGGAUAUGCGUGGUCGAUGCUCUGCCGGGCAAAAAAUGCUUGCUUCCAUCAUUAUCCGACUUGCUUUGUCUGACUCUUUCGGACAAAAUUGCGGCAUUCUGGCAUUAGAUGAGCCCACGAACGCUCUGGAUACCGAAAACAUAGACGCCCUCGCAGAGAGCCUCGUGGACAUUAUUAAUGAACGCAAGUCACACUCCAAUUUCCAGCUGAUCAUCAUCACACACGACGAAAACUUCCUUCGGAAGCUGGGGCAGAGCGACGUUAUGGAGUAUUACUGGCGGGUUUCCAGAGACGCCAGGCAAAAAUCAGUGAUCGAGCGCCAACGAUUCCGAUGA